UAAUGGUAACUUCCUUGCCCUAAAUCUCUUCUGAUAAUAGGCCCAAUGUCUUCCAGAUGGAUUUUAUUAGAGUCCAAUUCACAGGUUAUAACCCAAAGAGCAGUAGGAAUUUCCACUACCUUAGCGAGUGACAGAGGCUCAUUCACAAGCAGAGAUGACAGUGUUUGUCCCCCAGAGAUAAAUCCACCACUCAGGAGUCUGAUAAUUUGGUCUGAAUCUGCAUGUUACUUUCUGAAAAAUGGGUUAAAAACCUCUCACAGUGAAAACCACGUGAUUUCAUACGUCACUGGAAUCAACACAGAUCCACCAGGUCUUUUUGUCACUUGGAAUAGCAUUGCCGACCAGAACAUCGAAGGAGUUAGAUGGAGGCUAAGAAGCUCAUCUGUGCCUCAUGCAAAGCUUUUGGCACAAGGUAUGAACAUGCUGCAGUUGGUGAGAAUCAAGCAGCAGCUCCUGCCAUCAGUGUUCCAGCCACCUGUUUUCCUUCUUCCGCUGUCAGACUAUCUGUAUAUACCUGGUGACCUGUGAGAACAUGGCUAGGAAGACAGGAUUUAGAAAUGAUUGUAUCAAUUGCAGAAGGCAAACAUUAAGCAGAAAUAAAGAUGGUUACUGCCACAGUUAUUGGGUUGAGGUGGAGGGGUAUGACUCUAGGAUGUUCCCCUUCUAAAGGCUGGAAUACCAUUGGCAGCCCACAAUACUUUGUAAAUUUUCCCAGAAACACCUGCUCCAGAGAGCUGUGUCAUGAGCUAUGUUUUAGGUACCUCCAGAGUCCCACAACACAGUGACACAGCAAUGGCGGGAAGAAAUGCUGUAUAGAGCUGUGUGUGGAUGUGGCAGGAGCUGUUUUUCAAACAACUGUUCUGCAGAGUGGCCAUGCUGCACCAUUGCAGGGACCAGGAGUGACGGGUGCUGCCACUCCACAGUCUUUCGUGGUAGAGCCUCACUUUGCCAAAGGAGACAACAAGGUGUUUCUGGACUCGCAAGAGUAACAUGAGACAAUGAAUACACAGGAAACGCCUGUUUGGUGGUCAAAGUUCACAAUCAGCCCAUUUCUGAGAACUGUAAAAUGAAACUAAAUUCAUCUCCUCUCUGCAGAAGCAGCCAUGGCUGCUGUGAAUCCAGCAAAAAUGCUCCUAGAUGAACUGACUUGUUCAGUGUGUACAGAUUAUUUUCAAGAUCCAGUGUCUCUAGAUUGUGGGCACAAUUUCUGCCAAGCCUGCAUCACUCAGUGCUGGGAGGGAUUGCGUACAAACUUCUGCUGUCCUGAGUGCAGAGAAACCUUUUCCCAGAGAAGCUUCAAACCAAACAGACAUCUAAGGAAUAUUGUAGAAGCUUCUAGAACACUUACAUUGGAGCCAGCAAAAGAACCAGAAGUUGGGACAGUGUGUGAAAAACACAAAAGGGUUUUAGAUGUCUUUUGCCAAGAGGAUCAAACCCCCAUUUGUAUGGUUUGCCAUCUGUCCCGAGAUCACAAAGAACACUCUGUGGUUCCCAUAGAGGAGGCUGCCGAGGAUUACAAGCCCCAAAUUCAGAGCCGUUUGACGAGUUUGAAGAAAGAGAGAGACAAGAUUCUGUCGUAUAAAUCGAGUGAGGAAAAUACAAGCCAGGAAUUACUGAAACAGCUACAAACUGAGAAGCAGAAGAUUGUGUCUGAAUUUCAGCAACUGUGCCAGUUUCUGAAGAAACAAGAGCGACUCCUGCUGGCCCAUCUGGAAGAGCUGAAUAAGGAAAUUGAAAAGAGGAGGGAUGAGUAUGUUGCCAAAGUAUCAGAGGAACUAUCCUCUUUCAGUACCCUGAUCGGUGAGAUGGAGCAGAAGUGCCAGCAGCCAGCAAGUGUAUUCCUGCAGGACAUCACAGGCACCUUGAGCAGAUGUGAGAAGGAGAAGUUUCAGAACCCAGUGGCCUUUUCUUCUGAACUGAAAUGGAGAAUCUGGGAAUCUUCUCAAAACUCUGCAAUUCUGGAGACCACAGUGAAGAAAUUCAAAGACACGCUGUCAUCCAGACAACAGUUGGACAUAGCAAACGUGACUCUGGAUCCAGCCACGGCCCAUCCUGAACUCGUCUUGUCUGCGGGUUGGAGAAGUGUGAGAAGGGGACACACAAGGCAGGCUCUGCCCGACAACCCUGAGAGAUUUGACACUGAGCUCUGUGUGCUGGGCUGUGCGGGAUUCACCUUGGGCAGACAUUACUGGGAAGUGGAGCUGGAGGUGGAGGUGGAGGGGAGGGGACACUGGUCUGUGGGGGUGGCCAGAGAGUCUGUGAGCAGGAAGGGACAGAUCAGCUUUAACCCUGAGCGGGGGGUCUGGGCUGUGCUGGGCUGUGAGGAUCAGUGCGUGGCUUUCACCGCCCCUGAGCAGCGCAUCCGCUUGUCCCUGAGCCGGGCACCCCCCAGGGUCGGGGUUUAUCUGGACUACGAAGCGGGGCAGGUGGCAUUUUUCGACGCGGGUAAUGGGGACCCAAUCUUCACUUUCCCGCCGGCCUCUUUCGACGGGGAGAGAAUCCGCCCGUUCUUCCGGGUGGGACUCUGGGGCCCAGGCUGCCAGCUCACACUGCGCCCCUGAAGUGCCCCAUCUGUCCCUGGGAAACAGGCUCCUCUAGCCUCCACCCUCCUGAUCUUUAUGACCCUGGAGGACUGAGCCACCUAGUCUACCCCUCCCCACAAUCCGCACAGACAGGGCUGAAGGCGGGAGUGACGCUCUACCGGUAGCUUUAUGGCUGUGGAGCUCUGUGUGAGGCUCUAGGCUGGGUCUCUAUGCUCCUAGGAGGCCAACUCUGUGUGGAGUGGGGGGGGGUCCCACCACGGAAGGAGGGAGCCCCCGUGGCAGGGACCCAGCCAAGGGCCAGGAAGAGACCCCUCAACUGGGGGCAGGGGAGCAGGGGGAGGCCUGGCUGAAGAGGCUGGAAGGGCAGUGCAGGGGUGUUUAAAAUCAUGUUAGCUGGUCGUUAUUUAGCCACAACCAGCUAAUAUAUAUUUAAAUACAACUGUUAGCGUGUAUGAGGUGCAAAGGCUGGAAUUUCCAAAAGAACCGACGUGACGUAAGACUCAUUGAUUUUCAAUGGAACUUAGGCUGGGAUUAUCAAAAGCACCUAGGUAGUAUUUAUCAUUGUGUUAGUUUAAAUGUGUUCAUAUAUUUUCUAGAAUAAUGCAUUUUCCCCAUGUAUGCAAAUUGCUUCUGUUCUCCUAUUUACCUUAUUAAAGUCCCCCCAUGGAUGCACCUGAGAGGGAAAUUUGUCUGUUAAAACUUUCUGAGGAGUUCUGGUUUGCUGUAUGAGGUGUAUUUUGAGACAGAAAGAAAAGGUUGGUUUCCACAUGGAUUUUGCCAAAAUGAACUGAGACCUUUUGAAAAGCCAAUAAGUUCCCUUGUGUCUGCUGCCCUGUCUAAGAUAGAAUGCAAAAAAAAAACAAAAAAAAAAACCCCUAAAAAUAUAGGAUUGAUGCAAAAUAUAUCAGUGAUGCUGAAGUUCCAUCAUGGACUCGAUUUCCCACUAGAUCAUCUCUUCCACCCACUAUUACACCGUCAGGUAAAUAAGAGUGGGAAUUAUUCUGGUAAUACCAGGACUAUGAAAUAAAUAUGAAUGGAUCAUAUGGAAACCCCCCUUGGGAUGCACUGAAUUAAAAUGAAAAUGGCCAGCGUUACAUACGAGUUAU